AUGGCUCUUUGUAACGGCAUCUAUUGGAGUGUUAUUUUCUCAUGCUUGUUAAUAUGUUGCUGUGUGAAGCCAGUCUUUUCUCAGACAACUGAGACGACAUCGUUACCACAACCGACGUGGGAGACUCAGACACAAGGAAGCGAGACCACUGGAAAGAUCCCAUUGUAUCUGGGUGGAUUCUUCUCUCUAGCAGGGAGUGCAUUUGACGCUAGUGGAAGUCUGGUCAGCGUCAGGAUGGCGCUGGAGGAUAUCAACGCUCGACCAGAUGUACUUUCCGAUUACGAGCUUCGAAUGGUUUGGAGCAAUACUAUGUGUAAUGCGGGACUGGGUACCAGACGUCUCUUUGAGCUGAUACAACAGCCUCCUCAGAAGUUGAUGCUGAUUGGUCCAGCUUGUUCCACUACUGCGCAGGCAGUGGCCCAGACGGCAUUCUAUUGGAACCUCAUCACGAUCUCGUAUUCGGUUGGAUCACCGGCUUUGUCCAACCGCCUGGUGUUUCCGAAGUUCUUCCGCACCUACAUGCCGGAUACCUUACUGAACAAAGCCCGACUGCAUAUUAUCAGAGAUUUCGGCUGGAAAAGAGUGGCUACAAUCCAUGAAAAUGAGGAUCUCUUCUCACUGUCCAUCGAUGACAUGGUCAACCUCCUGAAGACUGAAGACAUUGAUUUGAUCUCCUCAGAGUCAUUUGAUGAGGAUCCAAUAAACCAGAUUGCCAAUCUCAAGCAAUUGGACGCCCGCAUAAUUUUGGUCAACAUGUACGAGGACAAGGCGAGAAGGGUUUUCUGCGAGGCUUGGCGGCAGAAUAUGACAGGACCUGGUUACGUAUGGCUCCUCCUCGGAUGGUAUUCCAUGCAGUGGUGGACCGUUAGAGACGACAGCAUCACGAGAUGUACGACUGAAGAAAUAAAGAAUGCAGUUGAAGGCUCGCUGUACAUCGCUACAGAAUGUGCUGUGUUUGGACGACAAGAUGCAGACACUGUGUCGGGCGUGACACCGCUUGACUUUGACGUCGAGAUACAAAGACGAUUACUACGCCAAGAGAAUGAAAACCACACAUACAGUGGACAAGAAUCGUUUGGGUAUGAUGCAGUUUGGGCUAUAGCACUUGCAUUGAACAAGUCUGCAGAGGUAUUGAAGACGAAGCGUUUUAGAGACGGAAGCAUCCGUAGACUGGAGGACUUUACCUACGAUGAUAAAGAAAUGAGUCAACUCUUCUUCGAUUUACUCGCCGAGACAGAUUUUUAUGGGACAUCGGGUCCCGUAAGCUUCAUUGGGUCUGAUCGUAUUGCAGUUACUAAGGUCGAACAAAUGAGAGUUGGUUGUCCGAUAAAGUGGGUGCAGAAGAACGGAUCGUGCUUUUUGUUUGUGGAACUCCAACGAACCGGUGACGAAGCGGCCAUAUACUGCAGGGAGAAUCACAACAGUCAACUUGCAGUUGUCAGCAGCAAGGCACAAUUAGAUGUUCUCUUGGCCACAUUACAGGAGCUAGAUUACACUACGACUGAAUGGUUACUUGGUCAAGAGGCUAGCAACGCAUGUUCAGUGUUGGCUUUGAAUGGCUGGGCCAUCAACCCCAUUAAUUGCACCGUCCCUUUAUCGUUUGUUUGUGAGGUUGACGCCGAAUAUACCGAAGUUUCAGUUGGUCUUUAUGAAACGGCAACAGAUGUAUUGGUGAUGGAAAUGGAUUUUAAAUGGCCUGAUGGGGAAGUACCUCUGGACAGGACACUAGUCUUCAUUCAGACCAGGGUCGAAGUGUACAGAGGCAUCAACCGGAUUGUCUUCAUUGCUUUUAGCUCAGUGGCUGGGGUUGGAAUACUACUCUCACUUUUCUUUCUUGGAUUCAACGUGCGAUAUCGCAAACUAAGGAUUGUACGGAUGUCGAGUCCUAACCUGAACAACAUAAUCUUAAUAGGAACCUCCUUGGUCUACGCUUCUGUUGUGAUCUUCGGCAUCGACGAGAACCUUGUAGAUGAUGAAUUAUUCCUUGUAUUUUGUCAUGUAAGAGUGUGGUUGCUCUCCGUGGGUUUCGUCUUAGCGUUUGGAGGAAUGUUCAGUAAGACGUGGAGAGUACACAAAGUUGUGGCGAUGAAAACACCAAAAAGAGUAGUGGUACAGGAUCGACAACUCUACGCCAUUGUAGCAUUUUUGCUGCUGGUUGAUGUCGCUAUUUUGGUACCGUGGCAAAUCCUCUUCCCCUGGCGAGUGGAACGGACAUAUCUUCCAGAAAUGACAAACCCCAGGAACAGCAGUGAGUUACUUGAACCAUACAUUGAGUUUUGCACGAGCGAUUACUACGUAUACUGGUCUGCUGGCCUCAGCUCAGUCAAGGGACUCCUGCUUGUGUUUGGCGCUUUCUUAGCUUGGGAAACACGGCAGGUUACGAUCCCACUGUUGAAUGACAGUAAGCUGAUUGGUAUGAGCGUGUACAAUGUGGUCAUAUUAUGCAUCGUGGGUCUCGCUGUCAACCUAGUCUUGGGUCAAGACCCUGAGACUCUCUUCAUAUUCAACUCCUGUAUCUCCAUGUUUUGUACUACACUCACAAUCCUCAUCGUCUUCUUACCCAAGGUGUUGGCCGUGUCCAAAUCUUCCAAGGAUGACCCAACAGCGCAAGACUUGGGCAGAGUUUCGACAGUUUAUUCCACUACACCAGACGCCAAUAGAACAACAAUGAUUCAGGAUAACUUAAAACUGAAAGUGAAAAUCAAAUUGCUCGAAGAUCAGCUGAAACAUCUUAAGGGUCCAACGGGCAAAAACGCGAGUCCGAACGGACGCACCUUGGCGAAUGGGGGCUCUAAGGGUAAGGUGAGGACCCGCGCAUGUAAUUGUGGAUUGUGGUGCUGUGGACUCAUCUGUGGCUACUCACCGGAGGAGAUCUUACCUCCGGAGGGAGAGGGAGCUGGCCGGUACACACACACCAAUGAUGUGGACUUGAGUCUAGAGACGACUGCAGCAUUGUAGAUUGGUUCACAAAUCAAGUCAUUUUAAGCAUCAAAACUAGCUUAAUACAAAACAUUAUGCUUACCAGGAAUUGGUUACAUGCUAAAAAGCUCUCUAUAUAGGGUUCUUACAAAUGCUGUCGAGUACACUUAUACAUUUUCAAGCACAAAAACUGCUGACCAGGAAUAGGUUACAAGUUAAGCAGCUGGUUCAAAACACUGUCGCAUGCACCGAUCACUUUUAAGAACAAAAUCUAGCUAACAACAAUAUGCUCACCAGGAACAGGUUACAUGCUAAGCCGCUCUGUAGAGAGUUCAAAAUGCUGUGGCAUGCACCGAUCAUUUCAAGCACAAAAAAAAAGCUCAGAAAAACAACAUUAUGCUUACCAGGAACAGGUUACGUGCUAAGCAGCUCUAUGUAAAGGGUUCACAAACGCUGUCACACACAACGAUCUUUUUAUAGCACAAAAAACUAGCUAAAAACAGUAUGCUUACCAGGAACAGGUUAAAUAUUAAGCAGCUUUAUGUAGAGGGUUCCAGAAGCUGUCGCAUGUACUGAUCGUUUUAAGCGCAAAACUAGCUUUGCACAACAACAUUAGGCCUAGCAGAAAUGAGUUACAUGCGAUAUGUAUCUAUGGCUAUAGCAGUCGUAACAAGUUGCCUUAUACAAGUAGACCUAAUGAGGGUUUUAUAAACAAAUGAGGAGAAAUUUUGUUUAGUCUGAAUGGUGUCUACUGAACUAUACGUUCAUUUAUUUUCUUUUUUUUAACCAGAGUGAGCUAAAACAUGGCUGCCCCUUUUGGGUACUGCAUCAUAAAUAUUAAAAACAUUAAAUAAACAAGUUUAUGUGCCUUAAUAGUUUACAAAUCAUUAUCAGUUCAUAUCCACGUUAUGGGAGUUGUUUUCCUGUUGGUGUGUAAUUAUUUCUAACUUGGGUAAUUAUUUCGAAAAAAAAAACCUUGAAGACGGACUUUGUUUUGAGUCCAAAUAUCAGGAUUAAAACUAUAUACGGAAACACAAUGCACGAGUGAUGGUUCUUACAGGGUAUCAAAACAACUGUCAAUGC